AUGCCGCCCAAGCGGCGCAAGUUCAUCUCCCUCAGCGAACAUGAGGCGCUGACCGAGCCGCCCAGCGCCGACAGAGACCAGCCAAGAGCAGUCAGCAACCCGCUCUUGUUCAAGAACGCGUACCCGGUCGAAGUACGACCGCGGCGCAACGCCUCUGACGAAUUGCGGAGACUGCAAACUGAGAGACUACCCUCAGGCCCACGCCUGAAAGCCGCAGAGCUUCAAGCGCUCCACGAGACCUUAGAUACAAGGCGACCUGCGCAGAACCCACCUCAUAUCGACGAACCCCAGGACCCUCCCGAUUUCGACGCCUCUCCCUCUACAAACAGAGCAUUGGCUGCGCACGGCGUCGAAUCUGCCAUUCCCGAAAAGACGACGAAUGAACAGGCUCUAGUAGUUCCUCGAAUAUCUGUUGUCCCCGCAGAAGACCUGCCCACUAACGUGCAGCCUCCGAAUUCCAACAUCGAGCGAGCAGUCACACUUACAAGUCCUGUUCAUAGCUUCUUCCAAGGAAAUUUGACCGCAGAGCCGCAAUCGCAGCUUUCAAUUUUACUGAGUGGCGACAAGGAGGACAACCCUCUCACGCAUGCUACCGACAGUCCUCUGCUUGAUCCGAAGGAAGUCGCGUACAAAGACGGCGGCACCACGCAGAAACCAAUAACCGAUCGAAGUAAAUCUCUCCCGCAUUCAAGAGACCAUCAUCCGCAGGGCAGUGAUGAUAUGGCCAAUGCGUCGUUCCGAAUGUCAGGGGAUGGACGAAGGUCAAAUCGUUACGAGAAUCGACCUCCGGCAUCCUCUAUCCUGUGUCGUAAUGGGCCACAGUGUCGGAAAUAUCAAGAAGGUCAGUUUACCGGUCAAGCGCAUUCUACGCGUUGCUAAUUUGUUCUUAGGCACAUGCAACUACAAUCACGACUUCGGAAACUCCAUGGCGCUGAAUGGGGCCAACAACAUGUCAGUAGAUUCCCGCAAAAUGAGCUUCGAAUCUGAGAUACUGAGCAUCGACAGCUCGAAGAAGUCGCUUAAUGUGGACUCGCCUGCAUUCACGCCAAAGAUAGGCCAUGCCCAACUCGCAAAGGUCGGCAUAUCUCCCAAGGCUGCCGCAGCGGCUGCAUUUACUCCACGCGGUUCCGGUGAGAUGUCUCAAUUCUAGGAUGAACGUCGAGGCAGGGGCUGAUCAUGACUACUAGGAUCGGUUACGCCAGCAACAAACACCCACUCCAAGGAUCCAUCGGCUGACUUCAGCCCGUCGCCAGCUUUCCAGCCGACCCAACAGGCGUUCCAGGAGUUCUUUCCCAGCCAACCGUAUCUCGGCAGCCAGCAAACUGUGAGUCGGAACAUGACUAUCCUCUAAGUUCCUCCAAUCUGACAGUCUUUCAGGUAGAGCCGCAUGCAAACCUUCAAGCGCAACUCCACGCCUUCGAUCCUUACGCGCAGCAGGGCAUUGCAGGUCUGGAUCCUUCUCAAACUGCUAUCAACCCAUACGCUCAACAAGCAGGUCAUGCGGCGGGCCAGCCCUUCUUCCAGGAUUCAUCCGCUUUUCGGCCGCAGCCUAACUACCAUCUUUACGCGUCGAUAGGACCUCGACGUGACAACCUGAUGCCCAAUCAGCGCAGCACGACAGACUUUUUCAUGCCAGACGACCUUCGUGAGGAUCUCCAGCGGAAAGCAGAAGCAACGCUGCAGACUUUCGCCAACAGUACCUUACCUCGCCAACUCGAACACUUCCAUUCGCUCGUUGCACUUGAUACCAAUAGUUCGAGAGGUCCCGCCACUUUUGGAUAUCCCAGUUGGAUCUACAAGGCUACCUCCGCCCGGGAUGGUCACACCUACGCAUUACGGCGCAUCGAAGGCUUCCGAUUGAAUAGCGAGGCUGCGAUACGCACGGUGGCUACUUGGAAACGCAUCACCAAUGCAAGCCUUGUACAGAUUCACGAUGCGUUCACAACGAGAGUGUUCGAUGAUAGCUCUCUCGUUGUCGUGACUGCCUACCACCCGUGCUCCCAAACCCUGGCCGAGAAGCAUUUCGGUAAAUUCGGGAGCAGACAAGGCGUUCAGAUUACGCCCGAGGUCGAGCUUUGGGGCUAUGUCGUGCAGCUCGCAAGUGCAUUAAAGACCAUUCACGACCAGGGACUGGCAGCUCAGACGGUUGUCGCGUCCAAAGUUCUGGUAACUUCGAAGAAUCGGGUGCGCUUGAACGGCUGCGCGGUGCUCGACGUCUUGCUCUACGAACAGCGGAAGCCUGUAGAAGAUCUUCAGCGAGCCGACAUGGUCAACCUUGGUCGGUUGGUCAUGAGCAUCGCAGCCCGCAACCCGAACGCAUCUCAGAACGCGAUCAAAUCCUUGGAGCUGAUCAGCCGCACCUACAGCGAGCGGCUCAGAUCCCUCAUUGCUUGGCUCUUGGCGCCUCCAUCACUGUCGCCCGACACACCUCAGCAGCAGGAGGCACCAGCGUCACAAUACAACAUCAACACCUUGCUCAGCAGUAUCUCGGAUAAGGUCCUCAGCGUCUUCGACGGCACUCUUCAUCGCGACGACGAGAUGACUUCGACGUUGAUGGGCGAACUCGAGAACGGGCGACUGGUUCGGCUCAUGGCAAAGCUCAAUGUCAUAUUGGAGAGACCAGACCAAGCCAGCACCCUCACCGCAGGCACAAACCCGGCGCUUGUUAACAACUCGUCCUCAGCGUGGUCCGAAAUAGGAGAUAGGUUCUACCUCAAACUCUUCCGGGAUUACGUCUUCCAUCAAGUCGACGCAGAAGGCAGGCCAGUCAUUGAUCUCGGCCACAUCAUUACUUGCCUCAACAAGCUUGACGCUGGAAUCGACGAGAACAUUCAACUCAUUACUCGCGAUGAGCAGAACAUGAUGAUUGUGAGCUACAAAGAAGUCAAGCGCUGCUUCGAGACGGUCUGGUCGGAAAUUUACAAAGCUUCCAGUCCCGCGAGGCGAUAA